AUGGCGCCCUCACCUCGGAAAACAGCGUCGACUUUCGACCAGACAUGGCACGAGACCGAUGUGAACUUCCUCAACCCAGCCUCUCUACCACUCCAAAAGAUCCCCCGGGCCUGGGAACGCGCACCAAAGUCACCCUACGCGCGCGACCGAGGAUACAAGAAAGUUUGGCAUAAACAUGGGCUAAGAUCGCACUCGACGGGCGAGCAAACGUCGACCACGAACGCCGGAGACGAAGAGCAGGAUAUGUCCCGAUCGCCUACACGCGCUGUGAAAAAGUUGCGACUGAAGAAUGAGGACGCUUUAGGGAACAAUGUCACAAUCGAGACCAAGAAACCAGCUUUUAGUGCUACGCGCUGGGAUCGAAGGAAGAGUGGACUUCCCAGGAAAAAGCCACAUCAGACGACCCUGGACCUGGAGGAUCUGGAACCAGCUGAUGGACAAGUGGAAGAUGCCGCUUCUGAACCCGAUGACCAAGAGGGAGCAGAAAGUGCCGCAUUUGAGCACGAUAGCAUGCUACAGCCUGAAAAUGCGACGAUUAACCAAGCCGCAACUGCGCAUGCUGCCUCCUCACGCGUCUCCUUAUCGAGUACCGCGAACGACUCGACAUUCUCCUUCAUUUUCGGCGAGCACGAUGAGGAACCAUCUACCCGUGACAAUGGCAGCUAUGUGGAGUUGGAUCACAUCUGCAACUCCAGUUCACCCUCCGCAGCGGGAGAGAACGAGUUAGGUACCGAUGAAACCGAAUUCACCAUUUCCACGGACGAGGUGGUAAUGAACAGCGAUGUCCUUCCAAUCGAGACCCCAAUUUCACCAAUUCCUCAGCACCCUCAGUCACCACCACACCAAAUCUUAGCAGACACUUGCGACGCUGUGGACAUUACGGGGGUUUCUGUGGGCACCAGUGUAUUAGAACAGGCAACAUCGUUUUCUGCCACAGUAACGAGCCCAUUGGACCAAUCAGAACCUUUCCUAGAACAAUCAGAAGUCGGAAACAUGGAGGAAGAGACUUCUGCCAUCGGGCUUGAAGCAAUGAUGGAAACCAGCAUUCUAGUCCAGGCAACAGCGUCGAUUGUUCCCGAACAUGUAACGUGGGGCCAGCCUGAGCAAUCAGAGCCAGCACUCAUCGACAACAUCGAAGAGGAUGCCAUCGUGGCUGAACACGACUGUCAAAGGGAAGUCUCUGAAGCUACUGAGGAAAAAAUCAAAGAGUCUUGCAACCACCCACAGACUCUAGAUGAAUCCGAGAUUGACUGGGAGUCGGACAACGACGUUGAUGCAGUUGAUUCCGAGUCUGCUAUUCAGGAUACGACCGUUGUCCAAGAAGUAGAACUCGUCGGCGACGGUCCAGCAGCAGAUAUCGAAGAGCCAUGCAGCGAGCCUCAGUCUUUGGACGACUCCGAUAUUAACUGGGAGUCAGACAGCGAGAUCGAGGCGGUUGUUCCCGAAUCCACUAUCCAGGAUAAGACCGUUACUAGAGAUGCAGAAACUCAAGGUGCGACUAUUUCAGAAAAUGACAGUCCUUCUAAGGAUGACCAUGGACUCGAGAUCACCGAGAGUCCUGAUGUUGCCGAGCAUGCGAACGAAUCUACUACCGAAGUGCUGGAGGAGUCUACUAUUGAGGAGACGUUGAAUAUUGAGAAUGAAACAAUGGAACUGGCCGAAAGGCAGGUGUCCACCGAGACAUCAGACGAAUCCAGAGCAUCUCAUGUGGCCGGCGGAAAUGUUGAAGAGCUAGUAUUACCUACGACCACUACAAACGCAGAUGAAGAGUCUACACUUCCCGGCGACGACGAUAUGGCAAUCGAUAGCAUUGCCGAUGGAUUGACACUAGCACCGCCAUCCGACAACACUCUGAUCUCAGAGCAAACUGAACCAAAGCUACGCUCGCCAGCACGACCAGCCAGACUGGAAGUUACCCAGGAUGACCUCACAGCGCACCUUGACGACGAUACUGCGUUACUGAAGGACUUCCUUACUCGUGCUGCGGCAAGCAAAUUAAACAAAGCCCACAAAGCGGCCACCAUUGCACGUCGGUCGUCUCUCUCGCAUCGACGCGACUCCGACGUGAUCCGUCACGCUCUCGCAUCUCCUCGAAAAAUCCUUGAAGAUAAAGAUGUCAACUCUCCCUCGCCACAAAAAUCUUACGACGACACGGCUACUCUUGAUCUCACUCAAACUCUCACCCUUGAUCCCACGCCAAGUAGCCCAACCGCAGAUUCAACACCUGAAGACGCAGACGUGGCGGGAGUUACCAAGUCGUCAUCAAGGCGCUCAACGCGGACUCGGAAAUCUCGCAUUCCCCCCCCGUCAUCCCAUGCGCAGCAACAGCAAACUCCAAAGAGCAUACCAGUCCGCCGUGUCGAUGGAGGAGAGCCAAUCGUCCUCAGACGUACGGAGGCGCAAGAACUUGGCAUCCUUACUCGUACUAAUACCCGCAAAAACAAGAUGGGUGCUGUAUCGGCCUACGCCAGAGUUCUAAAACUUGCGACCGAAAAGCCUGUUUCUCCCGGCUCUGCCAUUGACGAGAGCGCAGAUGGGCAGCGAGAGGGUGCCGCAGCUGGCGAACGCAAGUCCGUGAAAUGGGACGAGACGCUAGUCUACUUCCAAGAAAACGCGAAAGGGGAGGUUCUUGCUGUUGAGGCGCCUGCAGAUAUCGAGAUGGUAGACGCGCCUGGCGAGGAGGCAACUACUUUGAGCAUUAGCGCGCCGUCUGCGAAGCCGACGUCGAAAGCGAAGGAUAAGAGCUCCUCUACGCCACGGGUUCGCCGCCUUCGCCGCCUAGGCGCUGCGAAUGGGACACCUGGGAAGGGCCUUUUAGAGCCUGCCUCUCUACUUCCAGAGGAGGUGCAGGCAGAGGUGGCGGAGGAGAAAAAGAAGAUUGUAAAGCCUAGGGCUCGUAAACCACCUGUCGCCACUUCAGGAGAUGCGACGCCGCCAGCAGCAAAGAUACCGAAGCUAGAUAUUGCUGCGCCUACGCCACCGUCGCCAGAGGAGCAAGAAACCAAAGAGAUUAAAGAGAGAAAAAGCAGAAUUGCUACACCGCGGAAAGGCAAGAUUCCUGUUAGCAAAACUACGACUACGACGGUUCCGGUAGAUGGGAAAGAGAACCGGCUUGCUACCGGCUUGCCGAAGAAAGCCCUUGGUGUAGAGGGCGGGCUGCCGCGGAGGAGGGCACCUCGUGCGAGUUCGACAUGUGGUGCCUAUGGUGAGUCGUUCCUUUACAAACUACGCCGGGGUGUGUAUUGA